UCGCCGGGGACGGCCAGGCCCUCCGGCGGCGGAAGGCGCGGAAGGCGGGACCGCGCGAGGCUGGUCCCGGGCGCGCUCCGCGCCGACCUACCCCGGCGAGCUUCCUCUCCCGCUUUUCUUGCCUGGGACGUACUUUAACGAAUCUGCUAUUAGACCAGUGACCCUCUUUAGAGAAAAGCUCGUAGUUCAGAAUAAAGCCAACAGUUUAAAAGAAAGCCGUUUAUAGCAAAGAAGUCUGUUGGUGUGAAACAUGAUUCCCGUGUCUCCAGGUCCUUUUCCCGCCGGUCUUACGCUGGCCCCUGGGACGGCCUCUCCCCAGAUUUCUAUGAUUGCAUUUAUAACUGCCACAAAUGUGCCACUACUUCAUCAACAUGAAGAAGAGAAGUUCUUUCUAAAUGCCAAAGGUCAGAAGGAAACUUUGCCCAGCAUAUGGGACUCACCUACCAAACAACUUUCCGUUGUUGUGCCUUCAUACAAUGAAGAAAAACGGUUGCCUGUGAUGAUGGAUGAAGCCCUGGACUACCUAGAGAAGAGACAGAAACAAGAUCCUUCAUUCACUUACGAGGUGAUAGUAGUUGAUGAUGGCAGUAAAGACCAGACUUCAAAGGUAGCUUUUAAAUAUUGCCAGAAAUAUGGAAGCGACAAAGUACGAGUGAUAACACUGGUGAAGAAUCGUGGAAAAGGCGGAGCUAUUAGGAUGGGUGUAUUCAGUUCUCGAGGAAAAAAGAUCCUAAUGGCAGAUGCUGAUGGAGCCACAAAGUUUCCGGAUGUUGAGAAAUUAGAAAAGGGACUAAAUGAUCUACAGCCUUGGCCUGAUCAAAUGGCUAUUGCAUGUGGAUCUCGAGCUCAUUUGGAAAAAGAAUCAAUUGCACAGCGUUCUUACUUCCGUACUCUUCUCAUGUAUGGGUUCCACUUUCUGGUGUGGUUCCUUUGUGUCAAAGGAAUCAGGGACACACAGUGUGGGUUCAAAUUACUAACUCGGGAAGCGGCUUCACGGACGUUCUCAUCUCUACACAUUGAACGAUGGGCAUUUGAUGUAGAACUGCUCUACAUAGCACAGUUUUUUAAGAUUCCAAUAACAGAAAUUGCUGUCAACUGGACUGAAAUUGAAGGUUCUAAAUUAGUUCCAUUUUGGAGCUGGCUACAAAUGGGCAAGGACCUACUUUUUAUACGACUUCGAUAUUUGACUGGUGCCUGGAGGCUUAAGCAAACUAGGAAAGUGAAUUAGAUUGUUUGAGAUCUUUGAUUGUAUUCUUAUAUAUCAGUGUCACAUUAUUUCAAUUGAAAUUAAAUUUUAAAUAAAGCUGGGAUAAACCUAU